AUGAAGGAAAGGCUACGGAGAGGCCUAACCAGACAGAAAGACACUGUUGUAGUUAAGUCGAAGAUCUCUGAGAAGCAAUCAAAUGUGAGCGCAAGUGAAUCGCGAACAUUGAGUUCGUGGUUAGGCUUAGACUUGAAUCGAUUCCGAAGACCGCAAUUCAAGUUAAAGCCAUUCUUCUCUCCACCACAACCUCCACCGCAACCGCAGAAUAUUCAUCCAUAUGUAGCACCACCGCCGCCACAAGUGUUGCCACCACUGCUGAGCCCUCCCAACAGCUUCCCGGGUCCUCACGACCCCGAGUCUCUAUUCCUUCCGCAGAAUAUGUUCGAAGAAAGUGGUAUAAAAUAUUGGCUCAAAUUCAUUGAAAAUGCCGGAAAUGAUGAUAACAUUCAUUCGGAUGAAUACAACGGGAGGCCAACGAUGACCCACGACGACAGCCGUAUGAGAAGACCCACCAAAUAUUCUUCUCGACCAAAGCCUAUAGAUAUCGGCGACAAACCAAACAGUGAUGACGAUAAUGAUGAUAAUGAGAGUGAGGAUGAAAGUGAGGACAAUAAUGAGAAUGAAGACGAUAUGGAAGAGCCCACCGAUGAGCCCAAGUCUUCUGGUAGUUCUCACAGCAAACAGAAGUACGACACGACUCCCAGAUGUGAUAAAUUUACAUCUGAUAUAUGUGUCGAUGACUUUGAAUACCCGGAACAGGCGAUUGUGGACGAGAUCUACAAAAGGCGAGACAUCUUUGAGUUGAUGUACUCUGAAGUGAGUGGUAACGUUCCGCUCGUCGAUGGAAUUCCUCGCGAUGUGGAGGAGUCCUAUAAUUACGACUACUAUUACAACGACAACAAAGACCCGCAGGCGUCGGGCUCUGGGUUUGGAGACGAAGAGAAGCAGUUGUCGCCCGGAAAAGGGUCGAGUGUUUGUCCGACGGAAGUGCUCUAUGGAAAGCCUAAACUCGCCAAAAACAAGAGGGGCGACUGGAAAGUGAUUGUAAAUGCGGCCGAAUUCACGCAAACUGUUCGCAUGGAAAAGUGCAUUAAACCUAACAUGUUUGAAAAGGGGAAAGGCUUUUAUAUCGACACCUUCCGAAUGCCGACGGCCUGUACGUGUCACGUGACUCGGAGGGUGUCCUACAAACCACUGCCGAGUGCCUCGCAGUCAACCAAUUUUAAUAAGAAACAAAAACCUUCGCCCCCUCUCAGCAACACAUUAUGGUCUAUAUUAGGCGGUCCGCUGCCCAACGACCCGUCCGGCACUUUAAGCCAAUCUCAGGAAUUAUUGCGAAAUCAAAUCAAUUUAUUGAAUCAAAUGAAGCAUUUGCCACAAUUGGCACACAUUUCACCCGACAAUGUCUUCCAGCAACUCAUGGAUCUGCAGUCACCAUCAGAUGGCCUGUCAGACCCUCACAACCAUCAAAGUCAUCCGUCUUACCAAAGACCUCAAAAGCCGAGUCCAAUGCAAUUCGGACAAAGCGGUGCCAUUGACUAUAUUCUGCCCGCCAUUAUGUCCAAUGAGGACCAGACAAAUACCGACCGUUUUUCCGGUUCUGACCGCAAAUCUCAAUCACAAAUGCCCCGACCGUUGGCACAGAUACACCAGAGCUCUGGCACCACAACAUUACUCAAUCCCAACGUGAAUGGAGCGCCAGUAGUUCAGGUGAUCCACGUACCCGUUACGUCCGCGAUGGCGCAAAAUCAAGACCCGGCGCCCGUAUAUAAAGGCAAACACCACAACAACCCAACCUUUUCUGACUACAGUUAUAUCGACACGAGUUCUCUCUUCUAUAAACCCAAACAAAAUUCCGAAGAGUUUUUGCAGACAUUUGGCGACGACUUAUCCGAUAUAAAUGUCGAUCACUUCAAGCCAUUGAUGUUAGGCAUGUCGUCGAAAACCAACUCAAGCCUAAUAUCUCCCAACUCUGGCAGAGAUACCGUUAAAAGGGAAUCCGAUUAUCCAAACAGCGAUUCCGAUGAAAUGAAUAAAAAACGAAAAUUAAUGGUUGAAAACACUCUGAAUAAGAAAAUUAAUUUCUCAUAUCAUCCUAUUUUAGAGUAUAUUAGCCGUUAG